GCAGCAACAGCAGCAGCAACAACAGCAGCAACAGCAGCAGCUGGACAUGCGGGCUUCCGUUCAAAGGCGCAGCACUUCACAGGGGCCUCGGUCGCAGGAGACUACUGCUGCUGCUGCUGCUGCUGCAGCAGCAGCAAUGCCAGUAGCAACUGCUACAGCAGCGUCAGAUCAAAGCCUUGCAGCAGUAGCAGCAGCAGCAGCAGCAAUAGGUGGUGCUGCUGCUGCUUCAUGCCCCCGCCUGACUCCAAACUCAGACCCCUAUCAAGGCGUUGCCGCAGCUGCAGCAAGCUACCAGCAGCAGCAGCAGCAGCAGGAUAUUCCUUGCUCCUUGACUCCGCGAGGCUCCGGAGGCCGCAGCAGCGCAGCAGGCAGCAGCAGACUUGCUGCUGAGUUGCAGCGAGCUGUGGCUGAGAAAAGACGUGUUGAAGAUAUGCUGCAGCAGCUGCUGCUGGAGAAUGAAGACCUACGGGCCCAGGCCGAGCAGCUUGGAGAGAUGAGGCAGCAAAUGGCUGCUGCACAGGCUGCAGCGCGCGGAGAAAUAGAGCGACUGCAGCAGCUGCUGGCGGACGCGCAGCAACGGGCUACUGCUGCAGCAGCAGAGCUGGAUUUGCUACGGGGGGAAGUUCGUGCUGCUGCUGCGCGGCAGCAGCAGCAAACCACUUUGCUGCAGAAGACACGUGAUGCUUAUGCUCAGCAGACGCAGGCGCUGCAUGACUUGCUGCAGCAGCAGCAGCAGCAGCAACAGCGGCUGGAGCAGGCGCUGCAGCAGGAGGAGCUGCAGGCACAGCGGGUUUCGCGUUCGCAGCAACAGCAGCACCAACAGCAGCAGCAGCAGCAGCAGCAGCAACAGCAGCAGCAGCAACAACAACAACAGCAACAGCAGCAGCACUCGCAGCAGAACGGGUGCUGCAGGGAUAACUCGCCUUUUGAUUUUGAACGCAACGGCAGCAGCAGCAGCCGUAGCAGCAGCCGCAGCAGCAGCAGCAGCAGCAGCAGCAAGUCAUCUUGUGGGGAGAGUUUGUAUCAGACGUGCGCACUGUCUCCUUUAGCUGCUGCCAGCAGCAAAAGGCUGCGAACAGACUGCAGCACAGAGACAAAGGAGACGCCUCAAUGA